CUUAUUCGAGCGAUUUCCCGAUAAAGAUAAACGUUCAAAGUAAAUUCUUCAUCGACAAUUUCAGUAUUUGUGAAUCAUGAAGUAAAACGUUUGAAUUUAUAUCGUACAUCUGCUUUUGUUCUAAAAUAAUCCGAUUUAUGACAUUUAAAAUUAGGAUUGACAAGUCCCCACAAAACCCGGAAGUAAACAUUAUUAUUUCAAAACAUGUUUUCAAAAUUGUCACUAUAAAUCGCAUUAAUAGAUAAUUCCAACGAUGAAAUGUCUAUUUAGGCAAUCAUAGAUAACACCAAUGUAUUUUACAGAUGCAUUCGUGAUAUUAAAUUGCCUUGUACAUCUGCAAUGUGCAUUAGGAGCCCCUCACAAUGUGCUGCUCCUUGUGGUUGAUGACCUUAGACCAGCGCUAGGUUGCUAUGGCGACAGCCUUUUAAAAACACCAAAUAUUGACCAGUUAGCAUCAAAGUCAGUCCAGUUUAAUAAUGCAUAUGCCCAGCAAGCUAUAUGCGGUCCAAGUAGGGCAUCUUUCUUGACCAGUCGCAGGCCCGAUACUACAUACGUGAUAGAUAAUCGUAUGUUCUGGCGAAAAGUGGGUGGCAACUUCACAACAAUACCACAAUAUUUCAGAGAAAAUGGCUAUCAGACCUAUUCCAUUGGAAAAAUAUUUCACCCAGGAAGAAGCUCCAACUACACAGAUGACCUCUACUACAGCUGGUCUGCUCCUACAUGGCACCCUCCAACACAGAGCUACAAACAAUCAAAGGUAUGUCCGAGUGCCAAUGGUCAUCUCCACCAGAACAUUGUGUGUCCUGUUGAUGUUGCCAAGCAACCAGGCCAAAGUCUUCCUGACAUUCAGAGCACGGGAGAGGCUAUCAAGAUGCUCCAACAGAAAUCAAGUGAGAGGCAAUAUGGCUCAACUACUCCAUGGUUUCUAGCUGUAGGAUUUCACAAGCCCCAUAUACCAUUGAAAUAUCCCAAGGAAUAUUUAGACCUAUAUCCAUUAUCCAAGAUUCACCUUGCCCCUGACCCUGUGCUGCCCCCUGAUCUUCCAUCAGUGGCCUGGAAUCCUUGGGCUGACCUACGCAAACGUGAUGACGUCAAGGCUCUCAAUGUGUCAUUCCCUUAUGGACCCUUACCUGACAGCUAUCAGUUAUCGGUGAGACAGAGUUAUUAUGCUGCUACAUCAUACAUGGAUGACUACCUUGGGCAGGUCUUAGCCACACUCAGCAAAGAGGGAUUUGCCAAUGAUACCAUCAUAGCGUUAAUAGCUGAUCAUGGUUGGUCACUAGGGGAGCAUCAAGAGUGGUCAAAGUUUAGUAACUUUGAUGUGGCAACCCGAGUUCCCAUGUUAUACUACAUACCUGGUGUAACUGUCAAUUUCUCACAGACACACUUCAAACAUAUUAAUCCAUUUGAUGGCAUGAGUGAUCAUGAAGUUGAGAGUGAUUUGGCCAUUGGCAAUGACGUGGAUAGUACUGUUGUUCGAAGUGUUAAACACAUUCAUCCAUUUGAUGAUAUGAAUGAUAUCAAUGCUGAGAAUGACUGGGCAAUGGAUGCCGAUGCCAAACGAGAUGUGGAUAAUACUGCUACAAGUGGUGCAAGAAAUAUGAACUCCUGGCAGAAAGUGUCUUCAAACUCAAAGUCAUUAAAAUUAUAUUUCAAAUCUUUAUUAAAUUCAGAAUCUCAUAGAGAAAAUCUCAUUAUAAAAAGGAAACAUAAUACCAAGGUAUCUCCUUUAUCAUACAGAGUGCCAAUGAAAGAAAAUGAUAGUCAUCGGUUCAUGACAAAUGUGAAUGUAGAACUAGUUGACUUGUUUCCUACAUUGGUGGCAGCGGUUGGACUACUUGAGGUAACAAAAUGCCCAAAGAUAUCAAAUAACAUUACCACAUGUACUGAAGGCUCAAAUCUUUUACCGCUUAUCAAAAACAUUACCCAAGGACGAGGCUAUAUGUGGCCAGAUAUUGCUUUCACUCAGUACCCACGGCCUUCAUUAAUUCCCCAGGAAAACAGUGACCAACCUCAUGUGAAAGAUCUGAAAUACAUGGGGUAUUCGAUACGAACCAAGAGAUAUAGGUAUACAGAAUGGGUGAGAAUGUAUAUUGUUGAAAAGGUACACUAUCGGGCUGAUUGGGAGAAUGUCGCUGCCACAGAACUCUAUGAUCAUCAUCACGAUUUACAUGAAGACAACAACAUUGUAAAAGUGCCAAAGUAUAGCAAAAUAGUUGUAGAAUUAUCUGAUGCAUUGCGAAAACAAUUCAAGAAAUAUUAGGUUAGUAUAACUUUAUCUAUGUACAGUUUGACUAGUUGUUUAUUUAUCAAUUAUAUCAAUGUUCAGUGUACUGGCAGCUGACAACCAUGCGGGUGUAUAUAGUAUAGUUACAUACGAUUAUGAUGACAUAUGAUGUAAAGGUCAAUCAAUGUGAUUCCAGUCC